AUGUUCACCAAGUUCGAACUUGAUGCGCUUGGAGAACUGAAGGCCGGCAAAGACAUGCUCGCCAUGCCAGCGGACAAGGAGCGCUCCAAGGUUGAGUUGGACAGUACAGACUACCUACAAAAAGCCAAAGUUUUACUGGAGUACCGACAGUAUGUCCCAUGUGCAACGAACCCUGUAAAAGCGCUGACACGCGAAAUUAAUGCGACGUUGUUGGCCUUGGAGAACUGAGAUGCAAUAAUACCGACCGACAGACGCAUGGCGAUACCCCAAGUCAAGGUUUUGGCCCGAUACUCCGGCCUCCCUAAGGUACACAAAGACGGCGCUCCUCUCCGACCCAUCGUGUCGCUCAAAGGCACUCCAACGUACGGACUGUCUAAGUGGCUGUUCCGACGUCUCAAGUUCCUGACCGCUGAGUCAGACACAACGGUCUCGUCGUCAGCACAAUUCCUGGAGAAACUCAAAGGGGUAAACCUCCAUCCAAAUGAGGUCAUGGCAUUUUUUAAUGUUAUCUCCCUUUUUACUUCUAUUCCCCAGGACCUGGCGAUCGAGACAAUCCAGCUGCUUCUACAAAGCAAAUACGAUGAAAUGGAAAAUCGUCUUUGACACGCCCAAGUGCUUCAGCGCCUGA